AUGACAAAAGCAGCGGAUCAGAAUAGUUGUCAGACGGCCGAGGCGAUUGGUGGAACUCGCGAAUCGAAGACGAAUCUCCUUGUAAUCGAUGGUCCAAACUUAAACUCGACCGAUGCAACUGAGAACGGAGGGAAUACGACCGAUAUGGAACAUUCUGGACAUUCAGACUAUCCAGAUUUGCCCAAAGGUGGAGGAGGACUCACUUCCGACGAGGAAUACAUCCGUCUGAAUCUUCUCCCCCACUUGUGGUAUCACGGAGUGAUGUUUGGCAAGACAUCCGAAAAACUGUUAGGUUGGGAAAACUCUUAUCUGAUCCGUCGAGCAGUGCUCAAAGACCGUAAAUUCCUGUGUAUCUCUGUGUGCAUGGACAAGAAAGUGCUCCACUUGCCACUGAGUUGCAACUCGGAAGGAUGGGCUUGUGGGAUACUGUUCGAGAAGUUCCCAGCGAUGCCGAAUAAGCGAUACACCCACAUUCUUGAUCUACUGAAUGCGUGGUCGCUGUCUACCAAUUAUAUAGUGCCGAUUCCACGGGACAAGAUGAUUCUCUUGCACAGCUCGAUUCAAUUCGGUUCCGUAUUGGGAAAAGGGGCAUUCGGUGAAGUGUUCAAAGGGAAAUACACCCCGAUUGGAGGCAGUGAUCCGGUUGAAGUGGCUGUGAAGAGAAUGAUUGGAGAACCGAAGAGAGAAAUAAUUCAGGACUUUUUUAAUGAAGUAAGUAUUAUGUCUCGUCUGGAUCAUCGGAACGUCGUCACUUCAUAUGGACCCUGUACACUUCAGUUUCCAGUCAUGUUGGUCAUGGAGCUGGUGCCAGGAGGAGAUCUCAGGAAAUAUCUCCAGAAGACUCCCAACAUUCCCCACAAACAAAUCAUCCUGUUCGCUCUGGACAUUUCGAAAGCAAUGUGUCAUUUGGCAACAAAAGUAGUGAUUCACCGAGAUCUGGCGGCCCGUAACUGUCUCAUCACAAAAGACAUUCGUGUCAAAUUGUCAGAUUUCGGUUUGUCAGUGCAUGACACUGAAACGGUGGUGAAGAAUCUUCGGAAGGCGCCGAUUCGAUGGUUAUCACCGGAGACACUGACGAAGGGAAUAUUCAAUGAGAAGACGGAUGUAUGGUCGUACGGAGUGCUCUGCACUGAACUCAUGACUCGAUGUGCAGCAGAUCCGCUGGCUCCGAGAGAUUUGAAAGAGGUGCAGAAAUGGAUCAAGGAAUCUGAUCAUCCGCAUCGAACCGACGGCGGUGCGCCGAGAGAACUCAUCGAGAUUGUCGACUAUUGUUGUGAGAAAUCGCCGAGUGCUCGACCCGAUUUUGAGACUGUCAGGAAGAAAGUCCACAGGCUGUAUCAGAAGUUUGCGGAUCUCGAAUUGGCACACGCCUUGAGUCCCAAUCCGAAUGUGACUCCGCCCCCGCAGACUCCAAGUCCCAAUCCAAUUGAGAAGGACCGCAGGAGUAACACGGAUCGUCGAAGCACCCCAGAUCGUCGUCUUCCGUCGAAUGCGAAUACGUUGACUCGAAAGAAAUCGCGAGAUCAGAAUGCGCGGAAAAAGGAGAAAACGGUGGAGAGGAAGGCGAAGGAAAAGGAGAAGCAGGGAGGAGCAGGGAAGAAGGGCGGUCCGAUUGGAUUGUCUUCGAGGAGGAAAGAUCAGAAGGCGGGACCUGUAGCACUGCCGGCCGGAAUGAGUCCAGGCAACAACAAUAAGUAG